GCAGUAGCGUUUUCUCAGCUCUCUUUAGGACCCGGGGGGAGCUUUGUGUUCGUGUCCCCCCCGUUCGCUGUGCAGGGUUGUAAAUUCCUUCUGUCAAGGCAGCCCAGCCGCGAUUGCAGUGGCAGCAGAAGCUUGGGAGACCCGGGGCUGUUCGAUCGCCUAGGGCUGUAGCGCCUGGCACCGGCUUUCCAGUCUCGGUCCGCACCAUGGUGGGCCGACGGCGGCAACAACCGCGGGUGACACGAUUCCUACUCCCUGCCGCUUUUUCCGACCUUCCGUGUAUUUUUCCCGCCACCACGAGGCGAGACCCCGCCGGCUACAGCCCACCCGUCUGUGGAAUCGCCGUCUGUGGCUGCUGCUCCUUUUCCCUCCGCGCCCCAAACUCGCUGCUUUGAUUUGCAUCCAUUAGGUAAGCGGGGGGGCGAGGGGGGAGGGAGGCAGGCGGACUUGGAAAAACAGCCUCUUUUCCGGAGGUCCUGCCGCCGUCCCAAAUUCGACGGAGACGCCUGAGGUCACCUUCCUGCCGCCUGUGCUGCUGCGCCGUCCGGAGGGGCACUCCAUGAUCUGCCAGACAUGGACCAGCUAGGGAGUGCACUUCCUGACACACUUAUCCCACAUGGCCAAAAAAAUAUGUUUGUUUCCUGAGUAGAACAUGCUUCAUAGCACAUAAACCAAAACAGCCUCUUUUAUGGAAAAUGGACUAUUUUUUUUCUAUGUGAUAUUUAUCAGACAAAUGACAAUUCAUUGAGACAAUAGAGGAAAAAGAAUCCAGGAUGGAUGGCUUAGUCAAACAGAAAGGUGUGCUUAAAAAGCACAAUAAGGCAAUUGAUACCAAGAAGAAGAAUGGGCUGAUUAACACAAGGAACUUAAUGGCUGAAAACAGGGAGGGGUUGGUAUCUGUGUAUCCAACUGCUCAGUACCAGGGUCGGCCAGUUGGGACUCUCUAUCCCCCAAUUGACCCAAUACAACAGCUUCUUGACCCCAGUAUUCUUCCACAGACAGUAGAAUCCCGCUAUCAUCCAAACAUCAUCCUCUAUUCAGAAAGCAUGCUACGAUCGUGGGGAGAAAGCCUGAGUGCAGAAUGCUGUGAAACAACCUUUAUUGAGUCACCUACCAAAGGCUGCCUGGAUUAUCCUGAAGGCAAAUGUGUCAGUCUAUCCACAGAUGAGAUUAAGAUCCAGACCCUCUCCUAUGAUAUGGAAGAAGAAGAAGAUGACGACGACGAUGAUGACUUCCAAGAACUAGAGAGUGAUUACUCAAGUGACACUGACAGUGAAGACCAUUUCCUUAUGAUGCCUCCCAGGGAUCACCUUGGACUCAGUGUGUUCUCCAUGCUGUGUUGUUUCUGGCCAUUGGGAAUAGCUGCUUUCUAUUUGUCACAUGAGACAAACAAAGCCAUUGCUAAAGGGGAUUUCCACCAAGCAAGCUGCAGUUCACGGAGAGCUCUCUUCUUGGCUGUGCUAUCCAUCACCAUUGGAACAGGCAUCUAUGUAGGAGUUGCUGUAGCACUCAUAGCUUAUCUAUCCAAAAACAAUCACAUAUGAAAUUCGACAAACUGGACUGCUACAGAAAGCUAUACAGGAAUGAUAUCAUACCUUUCAAAUAUAAAUAGUUUUGAGAGUGAGAAGGGCUGUCAUAAAUUUAUACAAUCUGAAUUCCGAAGAGUAAUGUUCUGGAUCUUUUUUACUUUUCUGAUUUAUUUUUAGUAUUGGUAAAACUGUUAUUGCAAGAAAGCCAUGGGCAUUUCCAAAUAUCAAAAGAUAGCUUCAGACCUUGUUUGUAAUUUGUUUCUGGUCUAAAUUAGACUCAACUCCAAAUUUGGGGUCAUCUGUUAAAAAGUAAGAGACAUCUGAAGUUACAAAACUAAAGGUAGAACAUCUGAAAAUGGUUUUGCUAUUCCAGAAAGCUAAUUCUGGAUUUUGGAUGACCAAGAACUAGUAACUGGCUUAGAGCUGAUCCAUGACUAAAAUACAAACAAAGCUGCAGAAUCAAUGUAAUAGGAAUAGCAAGGGACUCUCAGUUCUUUUAUUCAAUCACAAUCAGAAAAGGGCUACCCCUGAGCCAAAUGAAAUUCAGUAGGUGAGGUGGCAGAUUUUGGUGUUAUAAGGAACAGCAGAAUGAGAAAGUGAGUGUUCCAGUUAUAGUAUAAAGGUGUUACAUACGUUGCAUAAACUGCAUUGGAAUACACAGAAGCUGUACAACACAUAACAGUGGUCUUGUGCAACCCUGUUCUUUGACUCAGUGUAGCUUACACUGGAAUAUUUCUACACGGAUGGUUCAUAAAUGAUUUCAUUGAAUUUCAUUGAAGUCAAAGCAUCUUGUGCUGGUUGGCCCUGCUCCUAUCCCAAAAAAGACUCGCUUAUAAAGCAUGCUAUUCUUUCUGGCAGCAUCUCUUUUCCAGAGAGGAUUUUUUUCAGCAAAUAAAUAUAAGAAGCUCAUCCAUAAAUGUCAUGGCAAGGCAUGAACUAUCACUGUGAAACUAGCCUACUGGCACAAAAAUGUUUUCUUAGCUUACAGACUCACAUCUGAGCAAAGCUGGAAUAUGUUGGAAUAUGUCUCUUGGUACAAAACAUUAAUAAGCAAGGUCAUAUUGUAAAGAAUGUAUUUAAUAUUUU